UCAGAGUUGACAAGACAUUUUCCAGAGCCAGGAGUUUGUGGAAACAGGAUGGAGGAGAGCCCUGCAUCUCUAACACACUAGAUCCAUCACUCUUCCAGCCUUCUCUGCCCCACAGCGGCCCUGCGUUCCUCAAGAGCAACAGAAUGGACGAGCAGCGAUGCACUUUUCCUCCUCCUCUCAAAACUGAGGAAGACUACAUCCCAUACCCCAGCGUCCAUGAGGUUCUUGGCAGAAAGAGUCCAUUUCCCUUGAUUUUGCUGCCCCAGUUUGGGGGUUAUUGGAUUGAAGGGACCAAUCAUGAGCUGAGCAAUGGGAAUGACCCGGAGCAAUUCGUGUCUCCCACCUCACGCUACAAAUUGGAGUGCAACACCACCGCUAAGAUCUACAGGAAACAUUUUCUGGGCAAAGAACACUUUAAUUACUAUACAGUGGACAGUGCCCUCGGCCACCUGGUGUUCUCCAUGAAAUAUGAUGUUAUUGGGGACCAAGAGCAUCUCCGGCUCAUGCUCAG